AUGGACGUCUUUGGCGUGGGUGAAAUCAACCAACAAGCCAGCACCUUCCAAACAGACGUACAUAUUCACAGAAUGUCGGCCUACGUUGUCGAGUCAUGGACCUUAUUCUCGGUCGGAGCAGUUGUAAUCUUUAUGCGUCUGGUAGCACGGUUGAAGAUGGUCGGCUUCGCGGGCUUAAAACCGGACGACUAUCUGAUGUUUAUUGGCCUGAUCGUAUAUGCUGUUGAGUCAACGAUGGCUCAUCUCGUAGGAAUUGCUGGAGGAAGCAAUUUUGGUCUCACGGAAGUAGAACGGGAGGCUCUCACACCGCAUCAAGUCCAAAUGAGGGUAAUGGGGACGAAGGCAUUUAUGGUGGGGUGGUUUACCUAUACGGGUCUUAUAUACAUCUUGAAGCUGUGCAUGGUGUUCUUUUUCAAACGCGUAACCUUUGGGCUCGACCGACAAGGGUUGAUCCGCUCGUGUUUUGUGAGUGUGGGGGUGACUUGGAUUGUUAUCAUACUUACACUUUUCUUGACUUGUAGACCUUGGUACAAGUCGUUCCAGGUUGUACCUGAUCCAGGCUUAAUGUGCCAAAUAGAAAAUCCAGUGUAUUAUCUCGUAGUUUUGAUUCUAAAUCUUUUCACGGAUGGCUUAAUUAUUUCCGUACCAUUACCAUUACUCCUUAGAACCCGCAUGCCAAUACAGCGUAAAAUGUUCCUCGUCAUCAUGUUUUCAGCAGGUAUCUUCGUGAUGAUAGCCGCAGUUCUCCGCUGCGGAUUCAGCUUGACGGACUCCAAGAAUUCGUCUACCGCGGCUAUCUGGGCCUGCCGUGAGACGUUCGUCGCAGUCCUAGUCGGAAAUGGCCCCAUGAUCCGACCGAUCUUUUCGCAACGAUUCUGGAACGGUAGACCCAGCACCUUUGAGAACUCCCAUUCCAGUGGCGCCUCAAACCCUAGAUCGAUUGAGCUUGCGAACAGGAAGUUGAGAAUGGGUAGUACGACCCUUAAUACUUCAGAUUCAAUGGAGCAUAUAGUGGAUCCAGAACCAGCGUUGAUGAUUAAAACUGAGGUCUCAUAUGAAGUGUCAUCGCAGGAGGCAGGAAGUUUUGAGAGGGGUAUUGGAAGCCCGGGCUUGGGAGGCAGGAACGGGGCUGGAAAUUUAUACAAUGGAUAUUCGGCAACUGUUAGCGGGAAUGUUUGA